AUGGCUGAGCGCAUGAAACAAGAGCCCAUUGCAUCUCAGCCACGGGAACAUUCAGAAGCUGCCAGCAAUCCCGCAGUACCUCGACAAUUGGGACAACAACCCCAAGACACGCGUGGUACAGCUGUGCAUCAACAACGAGAAAAACAUGUUAGCAAAUGGCCCCAGCAAGCCGCUCAACUUCAUAAUGCCAUCAGAGCCAGUGUUGCUGCUUCAAUGGUUCAGCCCCCAAGCUACGGUCAAGCCAAGAACCUCCCUACUCCAGCAGCAAGCCCCUUCCGACCGCCUUUGUAUCAACCACAACCACAGCAAGGACAACUGCACCGAACUAUCCGACCGAAGACAACUACCAUCCUACCACAACAAGGUCAGUACAGCCCAGGAGGAUACCAAGUCAGUGGAAUGAGACCGACCAUGGCGACUAUGACGCCCCAGCAACUCCAUGGUUCUCAAGGUUUCCAGAACAAAGGCUUCCAGAACAAUAGCCUCCACCAACAGAAUCUUCCGGUCAUCCAUGCGAAUCAGGUUCUUAAAUCGAACAUGCCUCCUUUCCCAGCUCGGCAACAGCAACAAAUCAAACAGAAUCCAAGGGUGAUGUCGAACAUGGCUCCUCCCGUUUCACAACAGCAACAUGGUCUGGCCCACCAAAAUCCAAUGACCAUAUCGAACAUAAUGCAGCCCCCUCGGGUCCAGCAACGGCAAUAUAGUUCGUUCCAGCCCAAUCAAAUGGUCCAACCUAACAUGCCUCCUCCGAUUCCGCACCAACAUGGCCGCUCUCAACAACAGUAUGGUCUUUUGCAACAGUACGGUCUCCCGCAACAGUAUGGUCUCCCGCAACAGUAUGGUCUCCCGCAGCAGCACGGUCUUCCGCAACAAUAUGGUAUGCAGUCCCAGCCGAAUCAAAUGCUCAAGUCAAACAUGCCUCCUCCGCUAGUUCCACAGCUGCGUCAAGGCCCAGCACCCGUUGCACAAGCAGGCCCUCCAAAGAACCCCCCAAAUCCCUUUGAUUUCACCUUUGAAGAGAUGGUCACAUACAGCGAGUUUUCCCGCCCUUGGUCACAGGCCGGUUGCUAA